AUGCAGUCAUGGGGUAGAAGCAGUCGCUCGCUUUUCUGCUCAUUGCGAUCAUGCACUCCAAUUCGGCCUGAGCAGCAUUGCUCCGUCACAACCCUUCUGUGCUCCAAAAGACGACAUAGCCCGAUACUUGCACCCCACAAACGGCAUUUUACAACAUCCCCUGUCCUCCGGCGAACAAAACGAGACAAAAAGGCCAAAGGACCGCAAGCCAAGCCUGGUGCUACCCCGAAUCGCAAUGACUCCUUGAUGUCCAGCAGGCAAAGACAACGUCUUGCAGAGUUCGAUCGGAGUGUGGAAGAAGCAUUGGUUGAUGUGCGCAACAAACUCCUGAAAACAGGGCAGAUGUCAGAAGGAUGGAAGCAAAUCGAACGCCGGGUGUUGAAUGCCUUGCGAAUGGAUGAAGCAAAGUCGGAUGCGGGCCCGUUGCUGCAGACGAAGAGGUCGUUACAAAGGGCUAUGAUUUCUGCUGGGGCACAGGGUAUACGAAAUGAACUGGAAUAUCUCAACUACGCCGAUCGAACCACGAGGGAUUACUCAACUCCGAACCUCGAAGCACAGAAGAAGGUGGCCGACCUCCGUUAUCCGGCUGAAUGGUAUCCCGCCGCACGCUCUAUUCAACGAACAGUGCAUCUUCAUGUCGGCCCAACGAACUCUGGAAAGACAUACCACGCUCUGAAGCGACUGGAAGCCAGCAAAUCGGGAUUCUACGCAGGGCCGUUGAGACUACUUGCACAGGAAGUGUAUCAUCGGUUUAAGACAAGUGGUAUUCCAUGCAGCCUGGUGACCGGUGAUGAAGUCAAAGUCCCUGAGGAUGGCCAGGUGCCACGCGUCAUGAGUAAUACAGUGGAAAUGGUCAGCCUUGGGCAAGACUUUGAUGUGGGAGUCAUCGACGAGAUUCAGAUGAUUUCAAAUCCACAACGAGGAUGGGCAUGGACGCGAGCUGUUCUUGGAGCUCGUGUCAAAGAGUUGCAUCUAUGCGGUGAAACCCGUGCUGUGCCGUUGAUUCGGGAGCUCUGCGCUCUCACGGGAGAUAAUUUGGAAAUUCACCGCUACGACCGCCUGAAUCCUUUGCAGGUCAUGCCCCAGAGUUUGAAGGGCAAUUUAAACAACCUCCAGAAGGGUGAUUGCCUGGUGUCAUUCUCCCGCGUCGGAAUUCACGCCUUGAAGGCCGACAUCGAAAGAUUGACUGGAAGACGAGCAGCUAUUGUUUACGGCGGCCUGCCGGCUGAAAUUCGAACCCAACAGGCUAAUCUGUUCAACAACCCUGACAAUGACUAUGACUUCCUCGUCGCAAGUGAUGCGAUUGGUAUGGGGUUGAACUUGAGCUGUAAGCGUGUCAUCUUCGAAACUUUGAUCAAACGUCUUCCUGGUGGUCUGCAGAGAUUGUCGGUCCCAGAGAUCAAGCAGAUUGGUGGACGUGCAGGCCGGUAUCGCCCAGCAAGUGCCACGAAUGAUUCAGAAGAUGGAGCCAACGUAGGCCUAGUCACAUCCCUUGAAGAAGUCGAUCUACCCUAUAUUGUCAGGGCCAUGGGUACAGAACCCCCACCACUCCGUGCUGCUGGGAUCGUUCCCACGGAUGCUACCUACAAGAAGUUUGCCACAUACUUCCCGAGAUCUACCCCAUUCGAGUAUCUGCUCAGGCGCGUCAGAGAAAUUGCCGAAAUCAACCCUCUUUUCUUCAUGUGUGAUGCGAAGGAUCAGCUCGCUAAUGCCGAAAUCAUUGACAAUGUGACUGGGUUACGGCUUCAGUCACAGUUGACGCUAAUGGCCGCCCCAAUGGACACAAGAACUACCGCUGGGUACGACGCUAUCUCUGAAUUCGCAGACUGCGUGGCCGAGAACUCACGCGGACGGUUUUUGGAUAUUCUUGCUCUCAGGCUGGAGGUCUUACAAGAACCAGUAUCCGGACAAAAGGAAUACCUGCACGAAUUGGAGAACCUGCACAAAGCUAUCAUUCUCUACUCAUGGCUGGGUUUCCGCUUCGGCGGCGUCUUCACGGACCGGACUCUUGCUGUGCAUGUCAAGGAGCUCGUCGAGGAACGAAUGAUUCGAGCAUUGACUGAGUUCUCAGCCAACAAGAAACUACGGAAGGACGCGUCUCUGCGCCGCCAGAUUGCGCUGCAGAAGCAGCUCCUUGAGCAAGGAAAAGUUGACUUUGAAAAUGAUGGCGAGCCUGAAGGAAGAGAAGAGGAAGUGGAGGAAGACCAAGCAGAGGAAGGCUCGUCAGGUCUACCGACUCCCCUUUCUGAGAUUGGUAUGAUUGAAGCAGAGUCCUCAGACAGCCCAAAUACCGACCUCGAGGCUGAUUUGGAUGAAGACAGCUCUUCAGAGAGCUCUCAUCCCCGACCGAAGCUCCCAGGCAACGCGGAGACCUCUUCUGUAUAA